CGGACUCUGGACGGCGCUCCCAGGGCGGGACGGUCGGGUCUCCCGGGCCGGGCCCGUGGCCUCAGGCCGCGCUUUCCCCGCAGAGAGCAGCGGGGAGGAGGAGGGCAGCACCGUGGUGCGGAAGGAGCGGCGGCGGGACGCCCCCAACCCCAUGAUCCAGAAGACCAGGCGCUGCGCCAGGGAGAGGCCGGAGUACGCGCCCAGCAGCAGCGAGGAUGAGGAUCCUGCCAGGGAGAUCGGCGUCACCUACAAAUCCACCAGGUCGGCGAAACCUGUUGGCCCAGAAGACAUGGGAGCCACAGCAGUGUAUGAACUGGACACGGAGAAGGAGAAGGAUGCCCAGGCCAUCUUUGAGCGCAGCCAGAAAAUCCAGGAGGAGCUGAGAGGGAAGGAAGAUGAUAAAAUUUACCGUGGCAUUAACAACUACCAGAAGUAUGUGAAGCCCAAGGACACAUCGAUGGGAAAUGCCUCUUCAGGCAUGGUCAGGAAAGGCCCCAUCCGUGCUCCGGAGCACCUGCGGGCCACCGUGCGCUGGGACUACCAGCCCGACAUCUGCAAGGACUACAAAGAGACCGGCUUCUGCGGCUUCGGGGACAGCUGCAAGUUCCUGCACGACCGCUCGGACUACAAGCACGGCUGGCAGAUCGAGCGGGAGCUGGACGAAGGUCGCUACGGCGUCAACGAUGAUGAAAACUACGAGGUGAGCAGUGAUGAGGAGGACAUGCCUUUCAAAUGCUUCAUCUGCAGAGGCUCCUUCAAGAACCCCGUGGUCACCAAGUGUCGGCACUAUUUCUGUGAGAGCUGUGCCCUGCAGCACUACCGCAAAUCCCAGCGCUGCUACGUCUGCGACAAGCAAACCAACGGCGUCUUCAACCCUGCCAAAGAGCUCAUGGCAAAAUUGGAAAAACACAAAGGGGAGGAAGAGGAGCAACAGUCAGAACAUGAAGAGGAGCCACAGUAGCAGAACACAUUUUGUACAUAAGUAAAUAAAGUUUUUGUAGCACAAAAAAAAGCUCACAGCUGUAGCCAGGGGUUGUGUGUCCAAGCAG